CUACCGAGUGACGAGAUAGCCUUAGUUCUGAAUAUAAGACAUUAGUAUACUAUUUUUGUAGAAUAAACUUGGAAUGGAUAAAUUAAAGAAAGCACUAAGCGGGGAUGAUGAAGACGAGGAGGCCGGGAUCGUUACACAGAUUUCAAACUCAACCACUCUAAGCUGGUCAACAAGAAUAAAAGGCUUUGCCAUCUGUUUCGUGCUGGGCGUGGCACUCUCUAUUUUGGGAAGCAUUCUUCUGUGGUUUAAGAAUGGACUUAUUCUUUUUGCUGUGUUUUACACAAUUGGAAAUAUUUUGUCACUUGCAAGUACAUGUUUCCUGAUGGGUCCAUUUAAUCAGUUGAAGAAAAUGUUUGCAAAAACAAGAAUAAUAGCCACCAUUUUAGUCCUGGUGAUGUUUGUUCUCACCUUAGUCUGUGCGUUUGCAUUGAAGAAUGCAGCUCUCACUUUGAUUUGUUGUAUCCUCCAGUUCCUAGCUUUAACUUGGUACGCCUUGUCAUAUAUUCCAUUUGCAAGGGAUGCUGCCAAAAAGUGUUUUGCCUCAUGUUUAGAUUGACCUCUCUGUCAGCCCAGCAACAUGUAUCAGUUGUUUGUGAUGCUGUGUACAAUGAUGAUAUUUAUUUUUCAUUAGCCAUCAUGUUCCAUAUUUAUUAAGUGCUAUGAUCACAGAGUUCUCGUAUUUUCUUGUAUAUUUUGUGAAUUGUUUACAACUGUGCUAUUUUUGGAAGACAGAAAAUUACUAUAAAUUUUUUAACAAAUGUUUGUAGAAUUGGUAGUUUGUUUCAGGGAUUAGAAAUUUAAUGAAAUUUAAGUUUUAUAGGAUGGGUCUAAACAUUCUCAGGCUAUGAAAAUAUCAGAUUUGAUGUCGGUAAGGAUUACUUAUCCUGAUCUUUUGGUCCCCGAGUCAUUCAUACUCUCCAUUCACAAAUACCCAGAAUAAAACAAACUAAGCACGUGAUUAGAAUGACUUGCAGUAAGCCUUCUACCAAAAUUUAGAAAUUCAGUUUAGACUCUAGUAUCUUGUUCAGGCCUGUGGGAGGAGAUAAACAAAUGGUAUGAAAAUGCUAUUGAAUUUAAUCAUUUUGAUUUUUUCACUGCUGGAAAUCUUGGAAGACGAGUAAGACAGCCUGUUAGAAAAAUUAUGAAUUUCCAUUGAUCUGUGUGUGGAUAUAUAGAAGUAGGGCUGAAAAGAAUGCAGGCAGUACCUUGUGUAUGAAUUCUUUGUCAACCUGGUAGAUGAUUUUUUAUUAGUUUCAAAGAGAUAGUUUAGCAUGUUGUAUUAGACUUGUAUGGCUGUCAAAUUCCACAAUCUUCAUGAAUUGUUGUUAAAUUCAAUCCAUUCAAGAUUCUCAUUCAGUUCAAUUUCAUGUCAAAAUAAAUCUAAAUUCAUGUUGUAUAUAUUCAUAUUUUUAUUGUGUACUUGUUUAAAGAAGGUGCUAGUUUUCACUUCCUUCAUGUUCAAUCAAAAACUUUUAGUGCACACACAUUAGGUUGCCCAAAUUGAACUGUCCAUACACUAUUUUUGUGGAUGAAGAAUUAGUGCUAGGAUAAUAGGACAUUUUUGUUAGUUAAUAUGUUCAAAUUACACAGUUCUUUAAAAAUUGUUACAGAAAGUAAAUCAUGCUUGUGUACUUGACAAGGAAGUAAAUGAUGAAGAAUAUUUUUGAGCUCGAGAUUGAAGAAGAGUGUCAUUUUUGUUGUUGAUUUUCUGUUAUUUUGUCUGGCAACAACUUGAACCUUGGCUAUUGGUUUUGCACCAUGAGAGAAAGUGCCUUCAUAUUUGUACCACGGCUUGGUUUUAUGAUUGCUUCUGGAGUCACUGGGGUGUAGGGCAUGGAAGUAAAUAUUUAGUUUCGUAGCAUUUUGGAUUUGAAUGUUCAAUAACUGUCUCAUGGGUCAGGGGGCCAACAGGUUGGCCCCUCUUUCUUAAAUAGAUACAUGUAGUUGGUUUCCCAGCAAUAAGUUGAGAGGGGUUUAGACUUCAUUGUUCACAUUUGCUCCCUUAGUUGGUGUAAGGAAUACCUGGUCCAAGGUUGUGUUUGGGGUCAAGGAGUAUGACCUCUGUUCCUUAAAAUAGAUAUUUGGUUACUCAGCAAUAUGACUUGAGAAGAGUUGGGACUUGGAUGUGCAUCAUAGGUUGGUGUAAUGAAAAGCUUUAAUGAGAUCACUAAGUAAAAAGAUAUGACUUCUCUUUCUAGAAUAAAUAGUUAAAAUGUGCACAUUAAAACUUGGCCAUGAUCAGGGUCCAUCUUGUUUGUUGGCGUUAUUUUUACAAGUCAGUUUUCAUUAAAUUUUAAUGAAGUUGAAAUGAAAAUGAAAGCAAAAUAUCCAGACAUCUUAAAUGAUUUUAUUGCUGUUUCAGUUACUCGACACAUACGUUACUACCGGUACUUCAUUUAGCUCAUUGGGGAAAUUGUUGUGCAAAUUAAAAUCAAGUACAUGUAUACAUAAAUGAUUGUGUUGUUACAAAGGUGAGUGGGUGUGGAGUGCUACAUUGUUAAGUUUUAUGUACAUAUUUUUACAGCAUAUUUUACUGGAACAAACUUUUUUUCCUUAAGAAUUUGAGAUUAAAAUAACGGACCGGACACAUGUUUAAGAUCAUCAGGAUUUAUUUUAGUUCAGAGUUGGCCAUCAAUGUAAUGCCUGUUCAGAAAUUAUUUAUUUGCCAAAAUGUGCCUAUUUAUUGCUUACUGUGAAGAGCAAGAUGUCCGCAGAUAGGAUUAAUAUAAUUUUGUAAAUUUAUUACCAAACUCUGCCAUAUCUAUUUUUGAGUGACAUUGCAUUUAUGAUAUAAAUCUAUUUGAUAUAGUUUAAUGUAAUGUAAAUAUGAUUAACUUUCUGUUCAUGUUCAAGAUCAUCUCUUACUAUUAAUAAUAAAGAAACUAUCACUUUCAA